CGAAGCACAGGAUGUCAACAAUGCACAAGGAUACAACACACGAUAUGCACUAUCGAAAAGCCAUGUUCGCCCUGUAUCAAGGCUGGUGUGGGAGAUCAGUGCCGCCAAGCACCAAUGGAGGUGGUGCGCAAGAAGUUGCCUGCGUUAUGAGCAGAAGAAAAAGUGUCAGUUUCAGCAACAGAGGGCCGUGUUCUCCUCUCAUGAGAAUGUCUGAUUGACAGCUUUGAGUAAAGACCCUACCGAAGCGCCAACCGGCCAAAUACCGAGAACAACAAGUGGCUGCCCAUGAGCUAGGAAGACGACGGUCGCCUCAGUCACUUUCUUGCUUUCAAUCUUUUUUCCGUUUCCAUCAUUGGACAGACCAAGGUGGAUGUAUCCGGUUUGGAUUUUCUUACCACUGGCCUGUACCACUAUACAUACCUACUCGUCUAUUAUGGUUGACUAUUUCCCACCCAUCCUGUAUUACUGAACGGUUCUUGUCUCAUUAUGUUCUUCCAUCAGUGUACUUGGCUUCUCUGUUUUUGACUUUCCAUCUAUUUUUCCAGCGGUUGGGAAGAGGCUAUACAGCAGCUGUGGUCUUGUAUGCAUGGUCGGCGUUUUGGAUGGUCAAAAUGGUGUAAAAUUGGGCAGGGUAGGGUACGGCAAAGAGGCUGGUAACCACUACUGGUUCUGGGUUCAAAGAGGAGGCAGGUUGUCCGUUAGGUUUUAUCGCGAUUAUGGCUUGGGACAUCAUCACUUUGGAGGACAAAUUAGGCGACAGUACUAGGUAUUGAAUGAGAUUACAGGAGAAUGUCAGGCC